AUGUAGUUCAGAGACAAAUCAAAAGAGAGAAGCAUAAAUUCAAGCUUAUCAAAUAGAUCAAAUAAGGUUAAAAUGUAUCAUGAAAUAAAUAAUACCAGUGCAGCUAGUAAAUUGUUAAAAGAUCAUUAACCAAAAUUAUCAAAAUUGAAUAUGUCUAUGAAGAAAAAAAUUAGUAGUAGAACAAACUAGGAGGAACUUCAAUCUGGUAGAAAUCUUUAGCAUAUGAAAAUUAUUGAAGAAAAUUCUUACACUAAUAUAGAUCUGGAUCAAUCAAGAGGUAGCAUAAAAAUGAAUAGCAGCAAAAUCAAGAAUUUGCCAAAUUUAAAUUUAAACGAGAGAUCCCGAGAAUAAAGGCUGGUGAUUGACACUUCAAAUAACCUUUCAUCUAAAAACUAAAAUACAACAGAAAAAUCUCCAUUACUCAAUAGCAAGCAAAAUUCAAAUCAACCACCUGUGUCUUAUAAAAAAAUGCUUGAGGAGUUUGGCAAUGAAAACUUUUAACUUAAAUUAUAAAUGAAGAAUAUGAUUGAGGAUUAGAACAGAAAGACAAAAAAAAUUGAUUAGUUAAAGAUUAAGACUGCCUAAGCAUAGAGUGAUAAAAUCGAAUUAAUGAGAGAUUUGGCAACAUAUGACUCAAACUUCUGCGAAAAUAGUGGGAUUAGAUCUACACUCCUAUAGAUACAUAAAAGAGUUGAACUAGUAAGGACAAAGUUUAAAAAUGAGAUCAUUAAGGAUUCGAAAAAGAAUCAAAGCUGGCUCGAUGAUAAAAGUAAAACAAUAAUAUUUGAUCAUUUAACUGAACUAUGUCUACUAAAAAGAGAAAGAGGUAGUAUGGCUGAAAUAAGUGGGAUGGAUAUAUUUGUAAAGGCAAAUACUAAAUUGAAUUCAAGAGGUGGAUUCAGCCAGAUUAUGGCAAGCAAAGCUAAGAAAAUGCAAGUAGUGCAAAAUGAUAACUAUGAAGAAUAAUAAUUUGUUUCUUUGUAAAUUUCAGGUGUAAGUUCAAUGGUUCAAGCUAACUUAUUGAAUGGAGUUGUCAAAUGUUUUGUAUCCACCACAAUUGAUUCAAGAUAAUAUAAGCUAGAGAUUAAACCUUUAAACAAUAAGUAAGACAUUUAAAUAAGAAGAGAGAUCGAAAGACUAUUUUUCAAGGUCGAAUAUAAUCCAGUAAAUAACAAAAGCAAGUUGAGUUUAAAAGCAAGAGAAUCAUACGAAUCUUCUAUUGUCUAAAAAGUAAUCCAAUUAAAAGGCUGUAAAUAUAGAUAUUGUGAGGGAUUUAUUGAUAAGGAAUACUUUGAUUAGCAAGAGAAUUCUUAAUUUGUGUAUGCAUCAGUUGAAUUAGAGUCUAGUGAAAUAAAUCUCAAGAUUAAACGUAAAGGGAGAAGUAAUCUUGAAGUAUUGAGUAAAAUCGAGAAAGAUUACUGUGUUAGAUAUAAUCUAAACGAUAUGCCAGAGAUUUUAAACAUUCAUCAAAAGAAAAAAGACAUUAUACCUGAUCAAAAAUGGUUAAACAAAAUUAGAAAUCAUUAGAAUAUAUUUGACUAAACUAUUGAUUUCGAGAAAUUACAAUAGCAGACAUAAGAUAAGGACAAGUAGAUUCCUGGUAUUAAGCUAAAACGAAAAUUUACAGUGCAAGAAGAAAAAUCUAAGAAAUCUUCAUCUUCGUCUUCUCAAUCAGCUCCAUAAAGUUCAGAAAGUAAAAUACUAUCAUUUGAAGAAAAAAAGAGAGAGGAAUCGUAAGUGAUGAACUAUAGAGAAAUGGUAGAAUCCCCUGUGAGAAUUAAUAUAAUUGAGAGUUAAAACGUAAGUCCAAUCGUCGGAGAGGUUAAAAUUGAAGCUAGCCCAAGUUAGAUAAGAGAGGACGAGAGCGUGAGCCACCAAGAUAAUGAGAAUUUGUAUAUUAAAAAAGAAAAUAUGGAAGAAGCAAAUACAAUUGAAUUUGACUUUCAAAAGUUCAUUGAUACUGAAAUAAAAGAUAUCAAUAACAUAGACCAUGAGUUGCAAAGAUUUAAAUCAUAUAACUAUGAUAAGGAAUAGAUAAUAAAUGAAUUGAGAUUUAGAAACCAAAAGUCUUAGUCUCAGCAAAGAUAAUCUCCUUAGAUAGGUCUUACUUCAAGCCCUAUUAUUAGAAAACAAGGAACGAAAAACUCAAAUUCUAAAUAAGCUAACAACAGUAGCUAAUAAGUAGGAAGCAAGGUUAAUGACCAAAAUAAAAUAAAUGCUAUUGAUAUAACUCUAAAGAAUUAUGAAUUCCUAUAUCACUUCAAGUGGUUUAAGAAUAAUAAAGAAUACUUUGAUAUUUAUCAGAGAAGAAUUUAGGAAAUUGAAAAUAGCAAAAAGUAGGAAAUUGAGAAGGUAGAAAGAGAAAAGUAAGACUAGUAAGAUUAGCAUGAUCAAGAGAGGAUGGUAAUUUUAAGGUAAAACCUAGAAGUAUACAGAGAUUAUUUCAGGGGACCUGCUUAGGUAUUAUUACAGAAAUAGAAGAUAUUCCAUCAAGAAGAGUUUGUUCUAUCUGAGACUGAUAGAAUUAAAGUUUAUGUAUUUGAGUAGAAUUCAGAAUAAGAAGAACUGCUGUUCCUUAUAAAUAGAGUGAAUACUGAAGUAUAACAAUAAAAUACAGCAAGGCGAAGCAGCGCCAUCAAGAUAAACUCGAUUGAAAGUCUUGUAAUCUCAUAGCGUUUUCUUGAUUCACUUGAUUUGAAUUAGUAUAAUACAAUUUCAAAGGUCAAAGAUGGAAUUGAAGAAUUUUUGGGACCUUAAAGUAUAUUCAGAGAUAUAGUAAAGCAUCACAUUUUUGCACUUCUUAAUGAAAAUAAGCAAAUUUUCAAAACAUUCGAGCAAUAGCAGGUUCAUAAUAUGCUAUAACUGAAUCCAAUAAGAAAGAUGGAGAGUGAGCUUAAGAGCUCAUUCAAAACUUAUGACAAGACUAGUAGUGAUUAUGGAGAUACCUCAAUGAAUGAGAGUUACUCAAAGUACAUGAAAUGA